CUAUUGAAACUUAGCGCCACCUGUAGUGUUUCAUAUUGGAAAAUUUCGAGUCUUGGGUUCAAAGUCGAAAAGAAAAAACUACUCCCUUUUUUAAUCUCACUCACACUACACGCGUCCUCCAAAUUUUCCCUCUAAAAUAAUUUCUCACAUAAAUUAAAUCAACACUCAGAUUUUCUUUCCCAUUUUCCCACACUCCAAACGGCCACCUUCAUAAGUCCGCAUUCCGACGAAUAAAGUUUACCCCAGCUGUUCUAGACCGGCUUUCAUCAUCUUCUUCUUCACUGAGUAGUACAGUUCCUCACAACCACCCACUGACCAUUGUCUUUUAAGGAGGGAAAGAAGUGCACCUCCAUGGCCGCUAACUCCACUGAACGUAGAGAGGUUGUUCUCAAAAUGGACGGGGAAGGUGAUCCCAACAACACUAGAAACGUCGAGCCCACUAACGCAGGGAAGAUUUGGAGGGAAUCCAGCUAUGAUUUUUGGGGUGGGAAAGAGAAAGACAAAAAGAUACCAGACAACGGGGGCGAAAAUUUUGGGUUUGAUUUCUCUCAAGGUAAAGCUACUGCUAGUGAUAGUGCAGCUGCAUCAUCGUCCAUGGAGGAUCCACCCUCGAAGCUAAUAGGUCAGUUUUUGCACAAACAAAAAGCUUCAGGUGAGUUUUGCUUGGAUAUGGAUUUGGAGAUGGCCGAGCUUCAAAACGACGCAGUCCAGAUUCAUCGAAACUUGACACCAGUGUCAGAGUCUCCCACCACCGUGAACCACGUCUCCUUCGACCCGAAUCCUCCUGGUUCUAAUGAGUCAGUGCGGAGGAGGUACCAACAUAAAGAUUCGCCGAGCAAGAAGAGUACUGAUAGUGCUAGUGCUGGUGGUGGUGAUGGGGAGAUUUUGAAGUGUAGUUCUAGAAACGAGCGGACGUUAUCCAAUAACUCGUCGUUUAAGAGGAAAUCGCACUUGUUGAAGGACAGGACAAAGUCGAGAUUGAUGGACCUACCGCCACAGCCUCCGGAAAAAUCAGGGAGAGUGGUGGGAAGAUCGGGCCAAUUGAAGUCCGGAUUUAUAGUGAAAAGUAGUGUGAUUGAUGAUGAGGACGAUGACCCUUUAUUAGAGGAGGAUUUACCUGAAGAGUACAAGAAAGAUAGACUUGAUAUUUGGACUCUUCUUCAAUGGGUGAGUUUGAUUUUAAUCAUUGCUGCUCUAGUUUGUAGUCUUGUUAUUCCAUAUUUGAGGAAUAAAAGUCUGUGGACACUUAGCUUAUGGAAAUGGGAAGUGUUCGUUUUGGUGUUAAUAUGUGGCAGAUUAGUUUCUGGGUGGGUUAUAAGGAUCAUUGUGUUCUUCAUUGAGAGGAAUUUUCUUUUGCGGAAGAGGGUUUUGUAUUUUGUCUACGGUAUCAAGAAGGCUGUUCAGAAUUGCUUAUGGUUGGGGCUUGUUUUGAUUGCUUGGCAUUGUUUGUUUGACAAGAGAGUUGAAAGGAAAACUAAGAGUAAAACUCUUAGAUAUGUGACCAAGAUUUUGGUAUGUUUAGUGGUGGGUACAUUGUUAUGGCUCGUGAAAACUCUUGUGGUUAAGGUGCUUGCAUCUUCUUUUCAUGUCAGUACUUACUUUGAUCGGAUUCAGGAGUCCCUUUUUAAUCAAUAUGUGAUUGAAACACUUUCUGGUCCUCCGUUGAUUGAAAUAAAAAAGAAUGAGGAAGAGGAAGAGAGAAUUGCAGCUGAGAUACAGAAGUUACAGAAUGCAGGUGCUACUAUGCCUGCUAGCCUGAAGGCAACUACAUAUCCAUCACCUCAGGCUCAGGCUGCAAAAGUGAUAGGAAGUGGCAGGACACAGAAAAGCCCUCGAAUUGGUACCCCCAGGAUUUCUCGUACUUUUUCUAAGAAGGUCAAUGAAGAAGAAGAAGGGAUAACAAUUGAUCACUUGCACAAAUUGAACCCUAAGAAUGUUUCUGCUUGGAAUAUGAAGAGGCUGAUGAACAUAAUUCGAUAUGGUACUCUGUCCACACUGGAUGAACAGAUACAAGAUACUAGUCACGAUGAUGAUGAGUCUGCUACAAAGAUCAGAAGUGAAUAUGAAGCCAAAGCUGCAGCAAGGAAAAUUUUCCAGAAUGUGGCGAAGCCCGGGUCCAGGUAUAUCUUCCUGGAGGAUAUAAUGCGUUUCAUGCAGGAAGAUGAGGCUUUAAAGGCUAUGAGUCUUUUUGAAGAAGCAUCUGAAAGCAAGAAAAUUAGCAAGUCAUGUUUGAAGAAUUGGGUGGUUAAUGCUUUCAGAGAAAGGAGAGCACUUGCUUUGACCUUAAAUGAUACAAAAACAGCUGUGAACAAGCUGCAUCGAAUGGUGAACGUUUUGGUUGGGAUUCUUAUAGCUAUAAUUUGGCUCCUUAUACUAGGAAUUGCUACGAGCAAAUUUCUUGUCUUUAUAAGCUCCCAACUCCUCCUUGUGGCAUUUAUAUUUGGAAACACUUGCAAAACCGUAUUUGAAGCUAUUAUCUUCUUGUUUGUGAUUCACCCCUUCGAUGUGGGUGACCGCUGUGAAAUUGAUGGAGUUCAGAUGGUAGUAGAAGAGAUGAACAUAUUAACUACUGUUUUUCUAAGAUAUGACAACCAGAAGAUUAUAAUUCCAAACAGUGUUCUUGCUACCAAAGCCAUCAGUAACUACUAUCGUAGUCCUGACAUGGGAGAUGCUGUUGAGUUCUUCAUUCACAUUGCUACACCAGCUGAAAAGAUUGCUGUCAUUAAGCAACGGAUAACUAGUUAUGUGGAGAACAAAAAGGAACACUGGUAUCCUUCACCCAUGAUCAUAUUCAAGGAUGCUGAAGACUUGAACAGGGUGCGAAUCGCGGUAUGGUUAACCCAUAGAAUGAACCACCAAGACAUGGGAGAGAGGUUUUCAAGAAGAUCCCUGUUGCUUGAAGAGAUGGUUAAAAUCUUCAAGGAGCUCGACAUUCAGUAUCGCCUGCUUCCUGUUGAUAUUAAUGUUCGCGCAUUGCCUCCUGUGUCGUCGGAACGUGUUCCGCCAAGUUGGAUGAACUGAGCAAGUAAAACAAAGAGUUCAAGAGUUGGUUCAUUCUUCUAAUUCUGAGCUUGGGACAUUAGCCCCCAUUGUAUGUAUAUCCAUGGUAUUAGCCCUCUGUUGUACAAUCUUAGUUAAGCGUACUAAGCUGAUAAUUCGUGAGCGGAAUUUUUUUUUUC